GUGUUAAAAUGUAUGAAUGAGAGAGCAAUACAUAAAUAACAAUAUAAGAAAUGAACAAAUGUCAUUCAUUUUUAGUGAUAAAUUGCUAGCAGGGAGUGAAAAGAAGAAAAGAAAAAAUGCGUUGCUAGAAGUGUUUCCUUGCAGUCCUUUCUAGUACUAAGCAUAACUAAGAACUAAGGAGAAGCAACGCAAAAUCGAAGUGGAAGGCGUAGUUGGUGUCUGAAGUAGAGACAUAAAGCGAGGUAUCAUUGAUGCUAAAUUAAAUUUAUACCGUCGAACUCAAGAACAAACGUUUUAUGUCCGCCCACUGUGGUUAGAACAAUAAGAAAACAAGCCGAAGGACGUCGAAAACAAAAUCAGCACGCCCGUUCGGAAGUAAACAAAGCAGGCAAAUGUAAAUGGAACAGUCACUGCCGCUGAGCAGAAAACAACGAGCGGACAAUCCACACCGGCAUUGGUGGGGGUAUUGGUGUUGGCAUUAUCGUUGUCGGCAACGAUAGCAUAGGGAGUGGGCGUGGGAGCAGGAGCGACAACCACGUAAAAGCAAAUGUGUAAUAAAUUGCAUGAAAAACUCAAUCAUUACACCAGCAGCUGGGAGUUAAUUUAGUUAACGCUACCAGCCAAUCUCCAACGGCCCGCUGCCAGCAGCCAGCAACUAAAUAUCUACUAGGUGCGUAACCAGCGAAGCCAACUUUUCAACUAGAGAACUGCUGGUUAGUAAUUUUGGGACUGAGAUUGAAGGACUUGCCCACACUGCUGUUCGUCACCAACAACAUCAUCGCCAUCAACAUCAUCACCAAAUAGCAUUUGGAUUUGCAUUUGAACUCACAGCAUUGUGCAAACCACGUAAAAGUGAAAGAGGUGGAGGGAAGUGCAAAGAGAUACUCUCUCUGUAACACUAAAGCAGUAGUGGUACCAGUAAGAAAGCUUUCACUAUAGUCGCCUUUGUAUCACUUAAAGUUGCCACCAUCGGAAUAGCAACAAAUCACUGUCAAAGGACUCAUUGUCAUAGUGCGCAUCAGUCGGUUGAAGUUGCGUUCGUUCGGAGAGUGUAUUGGUGGUUUGUCGAUCUGACGCUUGGCAAGACGUAACAUUUUGUGACAGUACGCAUCUGGCCGUUUGCCGUUUAUCAUUCGUAGUUCACAAUCCGCAAAGACAUUUGUUUGGGCGUUGGGAUUGUGGGUGGGUGAUGCCAACCCACUGAGAGCGAAUUAUGAAGCACCAGGGUUCCAGUCAUUGCUGUUGCUGGUUCACACUUUUCUUGGUCGCUACGGGCAUUGUUCUUGUAUCGCCAGAUAUACACACAACUUUUGCUGACAACUAUAAACAAGGGAAAAGCAAAGGAACAACAGCAACAACAGGAACAGCAAUCGCAUUCAAAACGCUGGGAGCGAUGGGUUUUAUUGACGCCAACAGGUACAAUGCUAAUAAAAGGAACAACAAUAACGUCAGCAGCUACAAGUCGAGUAUGAUUGCCAGCAGCAACAAGAACAGGAACAGUGUCAACAGCAACACGACCAGCACAAGAGUACCAAUCAAUGAGAUAUGGAGCCAGCUGGAAGAGCGGCAGAAACAUAUGGUUUCUACACCUCAAACGAUGACAAUAAUAGUCGAAAAACCCACAAUGGUAAAACACACAGCAACAACAACAACAAAAGCAAUUACUGCACGUAAGCCAACUACUACAAUUACAAAAACAAGCACAACACCCAGUGAUAGUCCAAUAAAGAAGACGCCGCAUGACAGUGGAGCCAAUAUAAAUGUCAGCAACAUAGAGAAAAGCACAAUGAUAUAUAAGCAACAGCUUCAAAAUCAACAUGAGCAACAUCAGCAUUGGCAGUAUAGACACCGACAACAGAAACAAAAACAGCUAGCCGCACAUAGGCCACUAGCAGAGAUUGCGAGCAGUGCGGAUGGGAGAAAACCACAAUUGCACGUUGCCAAUACUUUGUUAGAUGGCAGAACAUCAACAUCUCUGAAUAUAGAGACGCUUGCAAGGGCCGAGGCGGCAGAAGUGGCAGCUACGUCACAAACGCAAAUAGCAAUCAGCAAUAAUAGGAACGGCAACAGCAACAGAGAUGUUGAUAGCAUUACAACAGCAAUAACUACAACAACAACAACAACAACACCAUUAACAACUACACAAAGCCAACAAUUUGAGCCAAUGCGCAUUUCUUAUUAUAUGAACGACGCCAGCCAGUUGGAGCUGGAGCUCGAUCAAGCGACGGAAACGGAUGUGAAAGUGGCUAUGGCAAGGCAAGGGGAAACGGCAAUGGAAGUGGAAGUGGGUCGUCAACAUCAACACAAAUUUUCCUCUUCAUAUUUAGACGAUGACGACGCCGACGCCGACGACAACGAUGAUAAACACAAUUAUGCGCCACUCAAACGGUUGCCGACGCAGCGCAGCCGUUGGGCGCGCCAGGCGGAGGAGGAGGAGCCGGUAGAUAAAUGCCAACGAUUUGAAAAAGGUGACAAAGAAUUCUACAGUCCCGAUUAUCCAAACGAUUACCCAAAGAACAUCAACUGUACACGCGUGAUAGAAGCGCCGCAAGGACAGAUAAUCCGUUUAGAUUUUCGUAAUUCAUUCCACAUCGAAGCGAAAGAGGAAUGCAAAUUUGAUUUUCUCGAGAUACGCGAUGGCCAGUAUGGUUUCUCGAAUUUGCUUGGUAAAUUCUGUGGCACCGAUUUUCCGCCUGUAAUCACCUCGAAGGAACGUUACCUUUGGUUGCACUUUCAUUCGGAUGAGAGUAUCGAGUACAGUGGCUUUACGGCGGUUUACGAAUUUAUCGAUCGCAGUAGAGAAGUACCCACUACUGAUUUGAAUUGCACAUUCGAAAAGGACGGUUUCGAGGGUUUCAUUAACUCAACCGAUGUGCCCCCUAAUCUAAAAGCUAUAGCGAAUGAGAAUAAAAUAGCCUUGGACUGUAUGUGGCGCAUACAGGUACAGGAUAAUUGGAAGAUACAAGUGAAAUUCUUGGAAUUCAAAUUAAGCAAGCCCAAUGACUGUAUCGCGAAUUUCUUAGAUAUCUUCCCCGAACAAACCACCAUGCCCCUUAGAUUAAAAAACUUUUGCGGAUCUGCUGGUGAAGGCAUCACAUCCGAAUCGAAUGUAUUGCAUUUGCGUUUUUUUGCCGAAAAGGCGGCCAUCAAUUCAACAUUUGCCAUUUUAUAUACCGCCUUUCGAGAACGUGGCUCUGGCUCUUGCAAUGACGAUGAGGAAUACGAUUGCGAGGAUGCCACUUGUAUUUCAAAGGACCUCCAGUGUAAUGGACGAGAUAAUUGUAAAUUUCGCUGGGACGAGGAGGACUGUAAAAAAGAAUCUGCAGAGCAAUCGGAACACAUGAUCAUUAUAAUGGUUGUCUUUGGGCUCAUCUUGGGCGGCAUGAUAAUCACAUUCCUAGUAAAUUGUAUACGAAAGAUAAUGCACGAUCAGAAAAUCAUACGGGAACACAUACGCCAAUCGAAGGAGAGUAAGCUGGAUGAAUUGGGCCGCAGUUCAAAGGCGCGCUCAAGGGACAACUUAUCCAGCACAAUGCCGAGACCCAAACACUCGCAGGCAUCCUUGCAAAUUCUUGACGACACAUCCAAUCGCUAUUAUCGUGAAUUGGUGCCUAUGACGCGCAGCGAUAGUAAACCUGACCUCAAAGAGCGUGAACAUAGCAUUCUUAGGCAUCGCAAUGACAUGGUUGUACAGACGAGCUUCUGCGGCGAUGAUGGCGAUGACAACAGUUCCGAAACGACUGCGGAGGCACAAGCGGCGGCAAAUGCUUGUGAUAUGGGCUGUCAAACGCGUGAAUCGCUCUUUGCCACGCCGUUGAUGCACCAAAGCUCAAUGGGUUCGCUGAAGGAUAAGGCUAGCCUACAUUCACGUUCACGUUUCUCUACAUUCGGCUAUGAAGCCUCACAACCGACGCCACCCCCACUUCCAGCAGGCGGACGCAGCCAACUAACGGGUCUCAAUGUACGCGAUGCACAGGGCUAUAUCGAGAUGAGGGAACGACACCCUGCGCCGAAACCUUCCAUGCCACAUAUGCAUCGCAUGAAUGCUUUGCCACCUACUCCGCCCACGCCAGCGAUGCCGCCGGAGAUAUGUCACCAUCAUCAUCAACAUGCGCACACGCACGUACACCCUCAACAACAGCAACAGCUACAACAACAACAACAAUUACGGCAGCAACAACAACAAUCAAUGCCACAGCAAGAGCAACAGCAACAGUUGUCAACGCAGCACUCCAAAGAAAGUGCAGCGGGUGGCAGGUCAACUGCGACAUCGACAGCGACGCCAGCUCAGGGAAAAGCCAAGCCAAAGCUGAGUCAAUCGACAGCUUACAUAGACAUUAGGAAUUCUGCGCCGGAUGUCAUCAUAAUGACAUCGCAUUGACAUUUAAGUAACUCGACGAAAAUCACGCCAUAUCCACAUGGGCGCACGCAACAGCAAAAACACAUUAACACACUUAACAGACUGCUACAAUGUGCUGGUGGUUCGGAAAAUGCAAGAGAGCAGCCAUUUAAGUGAAAUAUUCCGACAAAUAAGAAAAUCAGUUGGACCUACGCACACAAAACCAUAUUUGUAUGUACUUAUACAUACACACGUAUAACCGUCAUUGUGGAUGCAACGUUUGAGAGACCAAUGUAAUCUGUAUAAAAUUAUUUAAAGUAAAUUUUUAUCUAAAGUAAGUGAUUAAAUACUUGAAACGGGCGGGUAGUGAAAAUAGACAAAGCUUUAAGCACGCAUAAUUAAGAACUUUCAUACUGAUUCAACAUAAUGAAAUAUAUUAAAUAGCAUAAAAUCUACAUAGAUACUCGUAUAAAGUUAACCAAUAGCGAAUUUUUGAAGAGAUUUUUGAAAGUACUUUUUGUGAGAAAAACAAACAUUUUAUAUAUGUACAAACAUAGCUAAUCAAAGCUCUGAUGUAAGCGCAGAAAUGAAACACAAAACUUUUGCCGGCACUUUUUCAUAAUGAACGUUUUGAUAUAAACUUGAAGAUGUCAGUUUAAAUCUAGCAAAAAUAUAAAAUUAUACGAUAAUUGACGCAUAUAUGCGAAGCUUUAAUAGAAACCCCAGUAAACAUUGCAUAAAUUACUUGGGGCAUUUCAAAGGUAAACUCUUUUUUUUAAUUUUUCCAAAUUUCAUUAGCCACUUAUAAAUUAUACAUCUGUACAGUCUGUGUCAGAAAAAAGGAAUCGCUAUUAUUCAUGAAGUAUAAAAGAUAUAUAUUUAAAAUUUUGUAUGUACAAAACAGUGUGAAAAGUAUGUACAAAACUACGUCUCGCAAUUACUAAAUAAGCCGUGUAGUCUCCAUCGUUGUCGAGUAUAGCCUGGCCUCUUCUCGGCAAGCUUUAAACCAGCUUUUCUGCGUAGCUCGUCGACAACGAGAACCGGAUUUUGCGAACUUGACGCACGAGUUGAUUUAAAUCGUGGACUGGCUUUCCGGCAAAAUGCGUUUUCAUAAUUCCUCACACACUUUCAAUGGGGUUUGGCGUCUGAGGACUGGGAAGGCCAGUCAAUUACUGUGACGCCUUUUCUUGUUUCUGAAUGGGU